AUGAAAAAUCCUUUCAAAAGUGUUUUGUCAAAAAUCAGUAAUCGCCUUCACAAAAGAAAAUUACGACAGAUCCGCAAAAAACAACAGAAGGAAUAUGAUAAGAAUAGAGCAAAUUCAGUGUUCACACAUCCUAAUAAUAUACCUAGUUCACCAUUAACCAAUAAUAAUCAACAUAAUCCAAAUGGUAAUGAUAGUACAAUAUUACCGUUGAACGGUAAUGUUGUAGAUACUUUGACAGCACAACCAGUUACCAUAUCAGAGAGCAACAGAGAUCAAGUGGUUUCACUUUCAAAAGUUGGAACCAAUGGUAAUGAAUUGGAGAAUGCAAACGGAGUACUGCUUUCUCCAAAGAGUACGUGUUCUUCCACUGGUAGUAAUAGUUCGACGCCAACCGUUGAUAGUCCUGCAUUUGAUGAGCAGUUAUCCGAUUAUAAGAAGAUACAGAGGGAACGAUACCAAAAGAUGCAACAAGAAAGACCGGUUAUUCUCACAAAGUCUAGCAACGGAUCACCAUACAAUCGAACACCUUCCACAUUCUCCAAAUCAAAGAUAUUAAAGAAAGCAAGUAUCAAUGGAAUGAAAUCGAAAUACACCAUCAAACAAUAUCCAUCACUCGAUUUCAAAUCAAAAGAUGGUUGUCUAUGGGUGAAUGAUCAUGUCUUCAAGUUGAAAGGUGUAAAUUGGUUUGGUUGCGAAACUGAAACUUCAGUAGUACACGGACUUUGGUCGAGGGAUUAUAAACAAUAUAUCGAAUUCUUAUCAGUUAAUAAUUUCAAUGCCAUUAGAAUUCCAUUUUCAUUAGAGAUGGUAUUAAAAGAUCCUUUCCCAACAUCUAUCUCUAUUUCACCGGCAAUGAAUUCAGAUUUACAUGGAUUGAGAUCACUAUCUGUAUUAGAUAUUAUAAUUGAAGCUGCUGGUGAAAAAGGAAUGUUAGUUUUAUUGGACUUGCAUUCAUUUGGACCAAAUGACAGAUUACAUGAUGGACUUUGGUAUAACAGUUAUAUAUUAAUAUUGAGAUAUGGUAAAACAUGGAAUGUUUUGGGUGUGGAUUUAAAGAAUGAACCAUACUCUGCAACGUGGAACACUGGAAACCCAAUGACCGAUUGGGACAAAGCAAUCAAUAGAAUUGGAAGUUACAUUCAGAACAACGGUGGAAACAGAUGGCUUAUCUUUGGACAGGGUGUCCCAUCACAGCAAUCAUCACAAUUCUCUUGUUGUUGGGGAGAGUCUUUUGAAACAGAAGGUCGACCAGAUUCGACUAUCAGUCUGCCAAACAUGGAGAAGUUUGUAUACUCACCACAUUGCUAUGGUCCAAGCGUUGUGAACCACGCCCACUUUAGAAAUCCAGGAUUUCCAGGUAUCAUGGUGGAACAUUGGGAUCUCAAUUUUGGUUUGUUACCGACUUCCACCAAGCGUGCCGUUGUAGUAGGUGAGUGGGGUGGUCGAUACACUGAGCAACUCGAUCGUGUCUGGAUGGAUUGCUUCGUAAGGUAUCUCAAAGACAAGGGUUGUACAGACAGUUUCUAUUGGUGUCUCAAUCCAAAUAGUGGUGACACUGGUGGUAUCCUUGCAGAUGAUUGGAUAACAAUCAACCAAGAGAAAUUGGAAUUACUAGGUAGGCUAUGUCCUCAUCCAACCAAAAUACAAUAUGAUAAAGACACCCAAGUUUUCACUGUAAUUUCACACAUAAAGAAUAAUAAUAUUCAUGAAGCAUAA